GAUCUCCACUAGCUCCUCUUUAGCUGAAGCUGAAACCACCACCCAAACCUAGAUCACCAUGUCAACAUUUGGUUCCAGAUCUCUUGGAGGUGGAGCCUACAUGGGCAGCAGCAGGUCCAUGUACGGAUCCAUCGGGGACUCUCGGAUGAGGAUGUCAUCCGCUGCCUCCAGCAUGUCCAUGUUCAGCAGUGGUGGUGGUGGCGGCGGUGGUGGUGGAGCCAGCUAUAGCUUCAGCUUUGGUGGCGGAGCAGGUGGUGGAGCAGGUGGUGGUGACAGCAUGAAUGUCUCUGCCAAUGAGAAGGCCACCAUGCAGAAUCUGAAUGACCGCCUGGCCUCCUACCUGGAAAAGGUCCGCAAGCUGGAGGCGGCCAAUGCUGAGCUUGAGAAGAAGAUCAGGGAUUUUCUUGAGAAAAAGACUUCUCCCUCCUCCAGAGACUACAGCGCCUAUUACAUCACCAUAGCAGAGCUGCAAGGAAAGAUCCAGGAUGCAACCAAAAUCAACGGAGGCCUCUACCUGGGCAUCGACAAUGCCAAGCUGGCCGCUGAUGACUUCAGGCUCAAGUAUGAGAAUGAAAUGAGCAUGCGCCAGUCAGUAGAGGCUGACAUUAACGGGCUCAAGAGGAUUCUGGAUGAGCUGACGCUGGCCAGGUCUGACCUUGAGAUGCAAAUUGAAGGUCUGAGGGAGGAGCUGAUCUUCCUCAAGAAGAACCAUGAGGAGGAGCUGAUGGCAAUGCGUACUCAGAUGAGUGGCAAUGUGAACGUGGAGGUUGAGGCCGCUCCAGGACAAGAUCUCAACAAGAUCAUGGAGGAGAUGCGAGAACACUAUGAGGCUCUCGCUGCCAAGAACCGCAAAGACCUGGAGGCAUGGUUCCAGUCUAAGACAGAAAACCUCAACAAAGAAGUCGCCGCCAGCACAGAAACUCUGCAAACAUCCAAAUCAGAGAUCACAGACCUUAAACGACUGCUUCAGAGCCUAGAAAUUGAGCUCCAAUCUCAGCUCUCCAUGAAAGCAGGCUUGGAGGGAACACUAGCCGAGACUCAGAACCGCUAUGCCAUGCGUCUGGCAGGUUACCAGCAACAGGUGAGCUCUCUGGAAGAACAGCUAAUGAUGCUGAAGUCAGACCUAGAGCGGCAGAGCCAGGAAUAUCAGAUUCUGCUGGACAUGAAGACCAGGCUGGAGCUGGAGAUCGCUGAGUAUAGACGGCUGCUGGACGGGGAAGGAGGUAGCAGCAGCAUGUCCUCAAAAACCACCUCCAAGAAGACCACCACCGUCUCCUCCUCUGCCCCUGUCGUCACCACCACAAAGAAACAGAUUGUCAUCGUAGAGGAGGUGGUGGACGGGAAGGUGGUGAGCACUUCCAAACAGGAGGUCUCGCUGUGAUCCAGCAAGAGGUUGCUGUCCCCAAUGUCUGCUGCAAAAAUUCAGAAAUAAAAGCAAUACAAUUCA